AACAAUGAGUUCAACACAACAGGACCAACAUGGAGCGACAAGUCAGCACUCUCAGGAGGCUGACAAACCUCACAGGAGGAAGGGAGAAAAAAAAUACACUUGUGAUCAGUGUGGGACGGAUUUUUGUAGUAAAAGUUCAUUAAAAAGACAUCAAGUGAUCCACACUGGAGAGAAACCGUUCAGUUGUGACUUAUGUGGAAAGACUUUUACCCAGCCUGGAAGCUUAAAAACACACCAACUCAUCCACAGUGGUGAGAAGCCGUACAGCUGUGAUCAGUGUGGCAGAGCGUUUAAUCACAGUAGCCAUUUACGGGCUCAUCAAGUUACCCACUCUGGAAUUAAGGCAUACAGCUGUGACUUGUGUGGAAAAACUUUCAGCCUGCUAGGGAACAGAAAUGCACACCUACGCAUUCACACUGGACAGGAUGUGUACUGCUGUGAUCAGUGUGGCAAACUGUUUACAACAGACUCACAUUUACAACGCCACAGAUUUACCCACACUGAGGAGAGACCUUAUCACUGUGACCUGUGUGAUAAGACUUUUAAAGCUCCAUAUUCCCUGAAAAAACACCAACAGAUCCACAGUAGAAAGAGACUCUACAAGUGCAGUUACUGUGAGAAGCAGAGCCACACAGAUGGAUCCAGUUCUCAGCCCUGUCAUCGCUGCUGUGGUGGGAAAGCGUUUCGCUGUGACCUUUGUGGGAAAACUUUCAAUCAGCAACUGAGCCUAACAAGACAUCAGCGUAGACACACUGGACACAACCUGUACUACUGCAAAAAAUGUGGGAGAAGCUUCCCCACAACAGGUGAAUUAAAACAACAUGAACUCUACCACAGUGGGGUUAAAAAGCACCUCUGUGACCAGUGUGGGUCAUCCUUCAUCACUGCAGGUCAGCUUAAAGGACAUAAACGAGUCCACACAGGAGAGAAACCAUACAAGUGCAGCCACUGUGAGAAAAGCUUCUCAUGUUCAGGUAGUCGUAACCUUCAUGAGAGUACACACAUUGAAGGGAACUACAGCUGUGACCAGUGUGACAAGAGCUUCAGGAAUCUCAGUUCAUACUUCAAACACAAACGAACCCACGCUGCAAAGAAACUGUUUCAUUGUUACAAAUGUGUAAAAACAUUCACUUCAUUAUCUGCUUUGUUCAAACAUCAGCGUGAUCAUGCAGGCCUGAAAUCAUUCCCAUCAUUGGAUCACAAUGAAUCUGCAGACACCGAUAUCACUUUUCCACUAACAAGUGGCGCUGCUCAUCCCAAGGAACCAGCAAACUGCUUAAAAACAAGCCUGCAUUUCCACUGUGCUUUGUGAUUUUUAUCCUUUACGUAUGAGUGUUGGCAGUUCCUCUUUGGAAACAGAAGCCGAAGGGUACAAAAGUGGCAGAACAUGCCCCCCUUUUGCAAACUUAAGUUCUUGUGCUGCAAACAUAUUUUACAAUCCAAGCAAAACUACUGCAACUUCUGUGUGUGGCACAAGGUAUACACAGAGCGAUAACGAGCACGACAACACGUUUUAUCUGUUAUGAACUGAAUACUCAGGAGCAAAUUCAGCCUUAGGGCCCGACGUAAUGCACAGCCAUGGAAAUCGCAUCACUUUUCUCAUAUAAUACACACCUUGCAGUGAUAAGGCUGUGGAAAUCUUUACUUUGCGAGGGCAGAGCCAUGCCCUUCUCCUGCUUGUGUCACAUGUUCUUUAUUCCAGACCAGACAGUUUAGGCUGCUGGAAUGGAACAGGUUUUUCAGCCGAGCACCGAGUCAAUUCGUGCUGGAAAAACAUUUAGUGGUUCGAGCACUUGGCGCCGGCACCUGCUCAGUGGAAAAGAGGCAAAAGAUCAUCUUCUGGUUGCAGGGUCAAACUUAAAAUCCUUGAGAUUCAGCUCCACAGAAUCUUGUUAGAAUCUCCUGUAAAGAGUGUCAACUAAUGUCACACUUGGAUCUCAUGAGGUAGCUCUGAUUUCUGGACUUGCAGUGAAUAAUCCUGAAUCUCCCAUUUAGGAAGCUUCAAGUAUAGAUAUAUACAUCAAGGGUUUUAAUUUUUAUUUGCUUAAAAACAUUAUCCCAGGUUUCCCAGUUAAAUUUGAAUCCUUUCAGAAACAGUAAUAAUUAGAAGUAGUAGUUGUAUUAAAGAAAUGUCUCUUCUAUCCACGUGAUACUGCUGCAAAACUUUAUCUUUAAAAAGUACUUAAAAGUUGGUGGAGUCAGUGCAGUACUCUGUGUUUAAUAAGCAGCAGCCAUCGAUAAUUACAGACAUGUCUAGAUCUUAAUUAUUAAAGUAAAUAAUUUCUCACAGGUGACUCUGUCAGUGGUUAUGAAUAUUAGGUCAUUAAUAUCCAUUAAAUCACUACAAAAACCAAGUCAGAGUUGUUAUAGUUUGUUUUUAAUUCCUUUCAAUUUUCUUUUUGUAAUCCAGUUUAGUUUGUUCCGAGUGUGGAUUUAUAUUAGCGUAGGUUUGUUCUUUGUUCACUUUUCAGUAGUUUGUGUUAGUUUUCUUUGUAUUACAGUAAUAUCAUCACCUUAGAAUUAUAAUUCUGACCAGUUUUGAGAUAUUAAGCUUUAAGGUUUUUGCACUUUGAAUAGCAAAAAUUACUCAUGGACUAAGUCUUGUUCACACAUGAUUAUGAAACACACCCUAUUUGUAUUCUAAAUCGAUAAUAUCAAAAUGUUAUUAAAUGUUCAAAUGUUUUGUUUUUUUGAACAAGUGAAAUGCAGAUAGAACCUUAGAAUUCUAAAAACUUGUUUCUUGUUUGAUAUUAUAAGGUUCUGUCUGCAAAAUGUGACUAAAAACUACUACUGUUCUUCAAGGAAUAACAAAUAGUUAACUUAUCGUAAGUUUUAAACCAUAAAAUUGGAGAUGUAAGUUUGUCACAAGUAUAGCUAAAUCAAAUUUAAUGAAUUUUGUGACAUUUUUUACGUUUCUUCUUUCAUGGCAAACUGUUUUUACACACACACACACACACACACACACACACACACACACACACACACACAUUUCCCUUUAAAAGAACUACAACGGGGUCAUCCACUACAUUUGAUCGAGGGCCGGAAUUUUUUUUCCGCAAACACUAUGAGGCCCAGAUGCUUUCCAUGAAGUAAAAUAAAAGGAAUAUUGUAUCCUAAGUAAUAUAUUAUUUGAUAAAUCAUUUUUCCUUUCAAAUUUAUACUGUUUUUAAUGACGUGAUGUGCAAGUUCUGUACUUACAUGCUCUUCUCAGUUAUGUCGACAGUUGUUAUGGAGACAGCAAGAUUUGUGGGCUGUUGUACUCAUCAUAGAUAUGAGCAUAGGAAACAAUAAAAUGUUACAUGAGAGCAACAAAUUUAUCUCUGUGUACUCUAC